UCCCGGGAGAUAACGGGUCCGCGAAUCCAAGAUGGCUGACCCUGAGCUGCCGGAUCGGUGAUACCCGCCGCAUACUCAUUGCACCGGUUUUGUUUUCUUUCCCGGACCGAUCGCCGGAAACCCUAUUAUCGCUCGCAACACACUCAUCUACAGUCCGUCUGUCUGAUUACCCCCUUUUCCCGCGUUUCGCGAAUGCACACACAUUCGUCACCCCCCCUAACAUAUGUCCGUGCAUUUGACUCGUUCUUUUUUUUCUUAUCGCCUCAAGGUUGAAAUAACAGCCAAGACAACCGACCAUAAACCACCCCCCCCCAAUUACCCUUGGGUGAUAGUUAGGUAUUGCCGGUCAGUCAAAUAACAUGUCCUCCGGAGACGCGAGACUGAGUCGCAGACGAGGACAAGCUUCAAAUGGAGCUACAGGUUCAGAUUCUGGUCAACAACAGCAAAGUAAUGAGCAAGAAUUGGCUACCAAAAUGCUUCAAAUACAAUCAAAACGUUUUUACUUAGAUGUUAAACAAAAUAGAAGAGGAAAGUUUAUAAAAGUCGCUGAAAUUGGAGCUGAUGGCAGAAGAAGUCAAAUUUUUUUGGCUUUAUCCACCGCAGCUGAUUUCAGAGAUCAUCUUGGUACUUUCAGCGAGUUUUAUUCACAAUUAGGACCGCCAAAUUCAGAUACUGUUCCUGAAGAUGGAAAAUUGAAGUCUGAAAUGAUGAUUAAGGACAACCGUCGUUAUUACUUAGACCUAAAGGAAAACGCACGUGGAAGAUUUCUUCGUGUCUCCCAAACCAUAACUCGUGGUGGCCCACGUUCUCAAGUUGCUAUCCCAGCACAAGGGAUGAUUGAGUUCCGUGAUAAUUUGACAGAUCUACUAGAUGAAUUUGGUACUGAUGAUGGUGGUUUCAAAGGUGACUUGCCUGAUGGUCGUCACAUGAGGGUUGAUAACAAAAAUUUUUAUUUUGAUGUUGGUCAAAAUAACCGUGGCAUUUAUAUGCGCAUAUCGGAGGUAACAACUACGGUUAAAGGAAACUUUAGAACAGCAAUCACUGUGCCAGAAAAAUCAUGGUCCCGCUUCCGCGAUUAUUUCAGGGAUUAUUGCGAAAAAAUGGCUGAGUGCAACGAAAAAAGUACUACAGCAACUUCAGUGCCAGCUGAAAGUGUCAGUCCACAAUAAACCUCCGUGUAUAAGAAGAUAUAAAAAAAAAAACAUAUGAUUAAUUUUUUUUUCACACACACUCAUACAAACAAAUGAAAUUUAAAUUAAUUUAGCAGGUCUAAUGAAUAGUAUAAUAUGAAAAGGUGGUGGGGAUGAUAUACAAUUCAUCCUAUAAGAUUGUGAAUUUGCUAAGGCAUCUGAUUUAUGUUCUAAUUGCACACGAGUUUACCAACUGAUUGUACAAUGUUAAAGUCUUUUCUAGCUUGUUGUUUAAGUGUUCCAUUUCUCCAUUAGUGCAAUAUUUGUUAAAAAUUUAUUUAAAUUCUAGUAACUAUACCAGAUUGAUGUUUUUGUUUUAUAUU